UACACACUAAGCAAAUUAGCGUUUUCGCAUUACACUCUUCCUGAGUGUGUGUAUAUAUAAGCACAUGCCUUUCCAUCAUUAUAACCUCCUCGCAGAUACACACCAAUUCUCUAUUCUCUAUCAUUCAUUUUCUCUUUGAUUAUCUCAAAGCAAAGCAGAAUGGCUCUGUUGUUGAGCAUCCUGAAGUGUGCAAUCUUACUCAUUGCUCUUCUAGUUCAAAACCAGGCUUCAAUGGCAGCUGUACAUUCAUCUUCCCUGCAAUCGCUUGGCAACAAUCGCAUGUAUGGUGUAACUGAAGGCAGCCUGCAUCCUCGAGACUGUUCGCCGAGGUGCCAAAACCGGUGCUCGAAUACACAGUACAAGAAGCCGUGUCUCUUCUUCUGCAAUAAGUGCUGUGCUAAGUGUCUGUGUGUGCCUCCAGGCACUUAUGGCAACAAGAGAGUCUGCCCCUGCUACAAUAACUGGAAGACCAAGGAAGGAGGCCCCAAAUGCCCUUAAAUCUCAGAUGUUUUUUUUUUGCCUAAAAAACCAUGAAUAACAUUUCUCUAUCUAUUUCCAUAUUAUUAUGCAUGUAUUUCUGAAAAAAGGGGGGUUAUCCCAUGGGUCUUCUCUAGUAAUGUAAACUGGAGCUGAAGAGAGAAUCAGGGUUUCAUCUAAGUUGGGCCCUUUGGUAGGUAGAUCUUAAUUGCAGGUAUUCGUAGUUGUACUCAAUUUUAUCGAGAUUCAAUAAUAAUAUAAAUUGGAUCCCAUUUCUCUUCUAGCAA